GCUCCUGUCCAACCCUAGGAAGAGCAGCUGGAUCGUAUUCGGUCACAGUCUCCAGAUCAGGGCCGACGGAGCGAUGUUCAGACACAUCCUCAACUUCCUGAGAUGUGGACGCCUGUUGCUGCCCUCUGUGUUCAAGUACAGUAGGGAACUGGGAAACUGGACACAGCAGCGAGCCAAAAUGGCCGCUCUUAUCGGUCAAUACCAACCAUUUUUGUGUCCAUGUCGUGCAGGGAAUGGCGGCUGCUGUGCCAUGAGGUAGAGGAGUUUCAGAUCCCAGCUCUGACUGGAGCCCUGGAGGACUGUUCUGACUACAGGGCCUGGUGUGAGAGCAACACGCCUGCUGCCGGUAACCGGUCUUCCUCUUCAGCCGAGUCCUUACUCUUUUACAACCAAGAUCAAGAUGGCUUCACGGGGAUCGGUUACCAACCGGAGAGCAUGGAUGUAAGUCCAUCACAAACACAAGAUGGAGUCAGUCCUGAAGACUCCAUCUCAGUGGGUGAGGACAUCUGUCCCUUGGUGGAACCAGAGAACGAGCUGAGACGGAGAGACUGUCUGCUUCAGAGACUAGAGGAGAGCAGACAGGUCAAUACAGAGGACAGAAUAGAGCCAAGCCAGCUGUCGCCAGCUCCUCUACAGUCAACAGUAGAGUCAACAGUACAGUCUGGUGGUCAGACCAGUCGCCUUUCAGUCCCCUCUGACAGACUGUCUCAGAACAAUACCACAUCAGAUACCAGCAGCAAACUCUCAUCCUCCCCUUUGGCACCAAACAGAACAUUGGACACAAUGGAUAUCCGAAAGCUAUCCUCUUCUCUAUGCAGUGUAACACACAAGCCUGACCAUGCUAGUAAAUUCUCCCCAACAGGGCUGAGUAGUCCUGGACAGAAACCAGUAGGUUCCAGACGCUUCUCGUCUCCUGGCCGAUAUCAGGGUGGUUUGGUAGAGAGGGCAACGCCAGACGGUCUAGAUGAGAUCUCAGCCUCUCUCCAGAGCAUGAUGGCAGAGACUGUGUUUCAGAGUGGGCCCAACACACAGCCCUGGGGGACGCCAUCUGGGGAAGGGACCCUCUGCCCCUGCACAGGUUCCAGGGGCUCCACGCCUGACCCCAUCCCUCCUGACCCACUCCCUAAUCCAGCCUCAGCCAGGCUGUCUACCCUCACAGCCCUCCUGGCCAGACAGGGACUCCCUUGGGGCGCACAGGGGACAAGGUACCCCACACAGAGGGCCGAUGUGGAGGGAGACAGUCAGGGACGGAGCACAGUCAAGCCUAACAGCAGUACUCAGAGAGAUGAUGCCCAUUGGAGCAGGCCUGGCCUGGGGGGCUGCUUGUUCCCUGUGCGGGGCUGUGUCCUCAGGGUUGACCACCCUCCGGUCCUGGGCAGAGGGGAGCCUGGAGGAUACUUCACCCAGAGCCUAAUCUACACAGCCAGUCCUCCACACACAGGUCAGCUCUUCUUCUACACAGCCAGUCCUCCACACACAGGUUACGGAGCCGACAAAGACCUAAAUGUGAGAGGAGAUAUCAAGAGUAAGUCCUUCACCUGUUACUGUGGGAUGGUUUGA